AGACAGAAUAGUGUGUGCUUAGCCAGUGGAGUGACAACUAUGGAUCACAAACAUCAGUGUGUGGCACUAAAUGAUGGCUAUUUCAUUCCUGUAAUAGGAUUUGGCACCAGUGUACCUGAUAAGGUUCCUAAGAGUGAGGUAAUAAAGGCCACCAAAUUAGCAAUAGAAGCUGGGUUCCGCCAUAUUGAUUCUGCUUAUGUAUACCAAGUAGAAGAGGAGGUAGGAUUGGCCAUUAGAAGCAAGAUUGCAGAUGGCACUGUGAAGAGAGAAGACAUAUUCUACACUUCAAAGCUUUGGUCCACUUUUCAUAAACCAGAUUUAGUCCAACCAUCCUUGGAACAGUCACUGAAAAAACUUCAGCUGGACUAUGUUGACCUCUUUCUCAUUCAUUUUCCUCUACCUUUGCAGUCUGGGAUGUCAUUAUCACCCAAAGAUGAACAAGGAAAAGCAAUAUCUGAAGCAGUGGAUCUCUGUGACACAUGGGAGGCCAUGGAGAAGUGUAAGGAUGCAGGGUUGACAAAAUCCAUUGGGGUGUCUAAUUUUAACUGCCAGCAUCUGGAGAUGAUCCUGAACAAACCAGGGCUCAAAUACAAGCCUGUCUGCAACCAGGUAGAAUGUCAUCCUUUUCUCAACCAGAGAAAACUGUUGGACUUCUGCAAGUCAAAAGACAUUGUUUUGGUUGCUUAUGGUGCUGUGGGAAGUACCCGAGACAGAUGGACUGACCAGAACACCCCUGUUCUUUUGGAUGAUCCAGUUCGGUUCCUUGGCAAAAAAGCACAAGCGAACUCCAGCCUUGAUUGCCCUCCGCUAUCAGCUGCAGCGUGGGGUUGUGGUCCUGGUCAAGAGUUUCAAUGA